UCCGCCCUCGCCUGGCGUCUCCUUACGUAAGCGGAAGUGGCUCGCGGCACCGGACGUGGGGCGGGGCCUCCCCCCAUAGCCAGCGAGCUUCCUAAAGUGAACGAAGCCAGCGGGCGCCGCUUGCGAUGGAGACGGUCACUUCUUCAGAGAGCUUCCUAGCUGUGGAAAACGAGCAUCUCCAAGACACCCCAGAAUCCAACAAUAGUGUGUAUACUUCCUUCAUGAAGUCUCAUCGCUGCUAUGACCUGAUUCCCACAAGCUCCAAAUUGGUUGUAUUUGAUACUUCCCUGCAGGUGAAGAAAGCUUUCUUUGCCUUGGUGACUAAUGGUGUACGAGCUGCCCCUUUGUGGGAUAGUAAGAAGCAAAGUUUUGUGGGUAUGCUGACCAUCACUGAUUUCAUCAAUAUCCUGCACCGCUACUAUAAAUCAGCCUUGGUACAGAUCUAUGAGCUGGAAGAACACAAGAUAGAAACUUGGAGAGAGGUGUACCUACAGGAUUCCUUUAAACCACUUGUCUGCAUUUCUCCUAAUGCCAGCUUGUUUGAUGCUGUCUCUUCAUUAAUUCGGAACAAGAUCCACAGGCUGCCAGUUAUUGACCCAGAAUCAGGCAACACCUUGUAUAUCCUCACCCAUAAGCGCAUCCUCAAGUUCCUCAAAUUGUUUAUCACUGAGUUCCCCAAGCCAGAGUUCAUGUCUAAGUCUCUGGAAGAGCUACAGAUUGGCACCUAUGCCAACAUUGCUAUGGUCCGCACAACCACCCCAGUCUACGUGGCUCUGGGCAUCUUUGUACAGCACCGAGUCUCAGCCCUGCCUGUGGUGGAUGAGAAAGGGCGUGUGGUGGACAUCUACUCCAAGUUUGAUGUUAUCAAUCUGGCAGCGGAAAAGACCUACAACAACCUAGAUGUGUCUGUGACCAAAGCGUUACAACAUCGAUCACAUUACUUUGAGGGUGUCCUCAAGUGCUAUCUGCAUGAGACCCUGGAGACCAUCAUCAACAGGCUGGUGGAAGCAGAGGUUCACCGACUUGUAGUGGUGGAUGAGAAUGACGUCGUCAAGGGAAUCGUGUCGCUGUCAGACAUCCUGCAGGCCCUGGUGCUCACAGGCGGACAGAAGCCCUGAGCUGGGGGUGGGGGAGGCGGCACUGGGCAGAAUGCCCACUCACUGCCUGCCCAGAGCUCUGCGAACCACAGACGGAACCUUCAGAGACUUGGGACUCUGUUCCCUGCUCAAGAGCCCCCUGCCCUUCUACCUGGGAGCUGGGAAGGAAGUAGGGGAGGAAGGAGAAUGGAUUUUUAGCUGUUCUAGCCUCACACAUACACGUGAGGAAAACUUUUCAGCCCAGCCCGUCCUAGCCCGUCCUCUUAGGCGUAGCCCAUCUUCUGGGUGAGCUAUGGACUCUGUGCCCCUCGGGCAAUUCUGAUCUCUAAGAGAUCCCAGACCUCAGCCAGCCUUUGCCUCUAUCUCCAUCCCUGACUCCACCCUAAGAUAAUAGCACAACAAAACUCUUCAUAAAAAUAUUUUUAUUCAUUUGUUUCAUGCUAUGUGGAGGAGGCUGAGUCCAUUUAGUGACAUUUCUUCCCAUAAGGGGCGAGGGGAGGAUAGUGGGGAGGACGGCCUUUGGGUUCCUGUGCUGUAUAUGAAGGGAGGUGACUUAGGUGGAGGAGUAGGGCAGAGUGCUUAGCUGAGGUUAUUGCUUUUCAUGGCAAACUUAAUUAAAAUGACAGGAACCUCUUCA